AUGUCCACCAAGGUGCCCAUCUAUCUGAAGCGCGGCAGCCGCAAGGGCAAGAAGGAGAAGCUGCGGGACCUGCUGUCCUCGGACAUGAUCAGCCCGCCGCUGGGGGACUUCCGGCACACCAUUCACAUUGGCAGCGGUGGCGGCGGUGACACCUUCGGUGACAUCUCCUUCCUGCAGGGCAAGCUCCACCUCCUGCCGGGGACGGUGGCUGAGGGGGCCGAAGAGGAUGGCCCCUUGGACCUCCCCUUCCAGUUCACGCGCACCGCCACGGUGUGUGGGCGGGAGCUCCCCGACGGGCCAUCCCCACUACUCAAGAACGCCAUCUCCCUCCCGGUCAUCGGUGGGCCCCAGGCCCUCACCCUGCCUCCUGCCCAGGCCCCACCCAAACCCCCCCGGCUGCACCUGGAGACCCCUCAGCCCUCCCCGCAACCCUCUCCCCAGGAGGCAGGGGACAUGGACAUCUGGAGGACUCUGGAAGCCAGUCCCGCCCACAACGGGCUGACCCCCCAGGCGGGGGCUGAGGAGCCCUUCCUGUCGCAUGGCAGUUCCCUGCUCUCCCUGCACGUGGAUCUGGGGCCUUCCAUCCUGGACGACGUCCUCCAGAUCAUGGACCAGGACCUGGGCCACAUGCAGAUCCCCACAUAG